CUCGCAGUGUUGAGUUCUGAAGGCUAGCCUAGUGUUGUUGAGAGUUGUGCAUGCUACACAUUCACUACACACAGGCACCCAGUUCUCAUAGAAUGGUGGCUCAUAGUUGUGAUUAAAGUGUGUUCGUGUAGGCUUGAGGAUUAUGUCUUCUAAUUGCUCAUGUUUCUUUUCACCCAAAUAGAGGAAAGGAAAAGAAAAGAACAUGACGACAAUGACGAAUCGAUUGAAUCCCGUCCUUUUUGGCGUUUGUCAGAUUGUGGUCGUGUUUCAUCUUCUUCAGGGAGCCCUUGGCAGCAGAUCCGAUGCCAAUGAAGCUUCCUUCUACGGGGAGAGUUACGUGUUCACGCCGGUGCGCGAGGCGAGCAGCUCCAACUCCGUGUCGCUCCAGUUCCGCUCGCACCGGCCACAGGGCCUACUCCUGCUGGCCGCUGGGCAGACAGACUACGUGGUGGUCCAGCUCAACGCGGGGAUAGUCGAGACGCGCGUCAACCUGGGCUCUGGCGAGGCCGUGACGUUCUCGGCCCGCGGGGUCCGCCUAGACGACUCACGCUGGCAUGAGGUGCUGGUCAACCGGACACUGGACACCGUCUAUCUGGCGGUGGACGGGAUUGACGCAGGUCAGGCCACCACGCCAGGGACAUAUCAUGAUCUCAACAUAGACCUCGGUGUGCUGCUGGGGGGCACAGGGAAUUUAAAGGAAGAGUUCUACAGAGGGGCUAAAUCCUUUAGGGGCUGUCUCAGGAGUGUCUUCUUCAACGGCCACGAUAUCCUGAAGGAAGCAAAAGAGCUGAAGAGUGCCCAGAAUGCCUUUCAGGUGGCCUGGCACUGUGACGAUGAAUUCACUGCUUCGUCAAAUUCGCCCAUAAGCCUUUCCUCUGAUACGUCUUUUGUUGCGUUUCCUCACUUAAGAAUUUAUCCUCAGUCAGAUGGUGGAGUUUUCUCUUGUGAAGUAAAAACCCGAUCACCAGAUGCCGUGAUUUUGUUCAAUUCUGGUCAAGGUGCAGCAUGGGAAGAUUUCAUAGCUGUAGAAUUAGUGGAUGGCAGGCCAAAGUUGUCUAUAGACAAAGGUAGUGGGGUGAUAGAGGUGUGGCUGGACUAUCCGGUGAGUGAUGGCAAGUGGCACAAGCUGGAGGUGAGUGUGUCAGAGACUGUCGCUGAACUGCAGAUAGACACCGAGAAGAACUUGACCAGGUUUCAUCUGGGAGGCCAGAACUACUUAAACUUGGCUGGUCAUGUAUACCUUGGAGGUGUUGGCUUUAAAACAAGAUCUCAUGCCAUCAGGUUAGGCUUGGUGUCCCUGCUUGGGAAGUCAGCGAUGAAGGGUUCCAUGGUUGGCUGUCUGAGAAAUAUCAUGAUGAAUUCCCGUACUUUUGGCUUCCACCAGAUUGAGGUGUCUCGUCUCAUAGACCCAGAUUGUGCCUGGGAGUUCCCUUGUUCACAAGACCCGUGUCUGCCUGGUGCCCAGUGCACAGAACUAGAGGGAACUGAUUUCAGGUGUGACUGUGGAGAACAAGUAUGUGUUAAGGAUACAUUCCGCUCAGAUUUUGACGACUGGAAUGAGGAUACGAGAGGCAUCGUUUCUGUCAGUGAAUUGAAAGUGGUGAAAGGUGGUGUUGUGGUCAUCAACCAGGAAGUGAUCCAGCUCAACAGGGCUCUGUUCAGCAAUGGACUGACAGAGGAGCAUGUUGUGUUCACAGUGAAAGACAGGCCAAAGAGUGGUUCAAUAGAAAUAAAAAAUAGCAGAGGCAGUCAUAGUGCAAACACAUUUACUCUGAGAGAACUUACUAGUAACUCUAUUGUGUACAGACAUUACGGUGGUGAAGAAGAGAUUGACAGCUUUACUAUUGAAUUGACUUUUAACUCUUUGCUUCAUAGGCAAGAAGCAAAGCUGAAAGACAAGUAUGAGUUUGUUGUGCCUGUGAGAGUACAGGCACCUAAAAGUAGUAACUUAGAAGUGGUUCUAAGUUAUGGUAAUAUUAUUUCGGUGACACCUGGUGCUAAGAUUAGGAUUACACCAGCCAUUCUCAAUGUCCCCUCAUCUGACAUUGAUAGUUCCAAACUCAGAUUCGUCAUCAACUACCUACGUCAGGCCAGGAGCAUGUUUGAGAGGUCUGAUGAACCCAAAAUAUCUGUGACAUCCUUCACACUGAAGGACGUUCAAGAUGGAUACAUCUGGUUUCAGCAUAAUGGGGAUAGAAUCGUAUACACAAAGGUCAAUGUCACUGAUGGCGUUUCUGUCAGUGAAUCAGCCGACUUUCGUUUUAAAGAGGAAGAGCUGCAGGUGAGCAUAGCUAACAACACGGGUAUCACUCUAAGCUAUGGGAGUCACAGGCUUAUCACAAACUUUAACCUCAGUGCUGUCACUAACGCUCCUCUGGAAGACAUAGAGCUGAGGUACCACAUCACUAAACCUCCUGCUUACGGCACCCUACAGCGCAUGGAGCAUCAGUCCUCUAAGUGGGUAGAUGUUGAGACAUUCAGUCAAAGGCAUCUCAAUUCAGGCAGAAUUCGCUACCUACAUUUACCAAGUUCAAAGAUUUCUAACUAUGAUAAUUUCAAAUUUGAAGUAUCUGCCCAAGAUGUCAAGAAAGAAUCUUUGGGCUUCCAGAUUCAGUUCAAAACGGUUGUCCUCAGUGUAGAGCACAGCUCCAAUCUAGUUUUGUCAAAGACAUCUUUUGGGAAGUUCUCAAACACCUCACUGUCUGUGAUUUCCAAUGCAGAAAAUCUGGAUUUUCAGAAGAUUGUUUACAUGAUGUUACGACCUCCUCAGAAAGGAGAUCUAUAUUUGAUCCCUCAGGACGUCACCAACCCAGUGAUCUUUUCUCAGGUUUCCCCGCUCAAAACUGAUGACAAUUUCACCCAACAGGAUGUGAACAAUGGUCAUGUCUAUUACAAGUUCAACAAACCAGGGUUUGAGAAGGUUAAUGAUUUUGCAGAUCUCCAGGCAGCGUAUUACGGCUUUAUCAUCAUGGUGCGCCCUAGGAUAUUGUACACCCCCGAAUCGAGCACCUCUGUCCAGAUGGUGAACAAUGGGCUGCUGGGAGUGCCAGAAGGUGGAAGUGCACUGAUCACAGAGCGCGAUUUGUCUGUGAAGAUGGACAAGUUUAAAAGAUUCACUCUCUCAAUCAUCAACUAUCCAAGCCAUGGGCACAUUGAAAUUGUGAAUCCAGAUACAGGAAAAAUUGAGCGUGGAAAUGCUUCUUUUUUCACUAUGUCAGAAAUCAGUGCCAAAAAAGUUUUGUAUAAGCAUGACGAUUCUGAAAAUCAAAGUGACUUUUUUACAUUUUCUUCUAGUAUUGUUUUCGAUGAUUCUCAGUCCAGCCUGCCUGAUGAGAUUCAGGAGUUUUCUGGGACUUUUCAUAUAGCAAUGAAAAUGAUUAAUGACAAUGCCCCGGUGAGAUCUGUCAGCAAGAUAUUUAAAGUAGCCAGUGGUCAGAGUAAAGUGUUGAGCAUUAAAGAUCUAGCAUUCACUGACCCAGACAUAGACUUUGAUGAUUCUUUACUUAGCUACCAUCGACAGCCUAUACCUAAUGGUGACAUUAUCAAUGCAGGUACCAAGGUAUCUGUCUACAACUUCACACAGAGUGAUCUUAUCAAAGGAAAUCUGAUAUUCCAGCAUAAAGGUAACAGUUACACUCGCACACCAAUCUCAGUCUCAGAUGGCCAGUUCAUUACUACAAGUAUAUUUGAAAUCCAGGCAUCGUCACCUUAUGUGAUGGCUGGCAAUAACACAGGUGUUACCGUUCUACAAGGGAAACUGGCUCUGAUAACACCCUACAACCUUAGCAUCGAGACCAACAUGGAUUUUGAUGAACAGGACGCGACAUUCCAACUUGUGCAAGAACCUGAGCAUGGCCAGCUGCGUGUCAGCGGUCGGCAGGUACUGAGAUUUUCGUACCGAGAUGUUCUCCGUGGUCUGGUGAGAUAUUGGCAUGAUGGCACUAUGGAAAUGGAUGAUAAGUUCACAUUCACUGUGAGCAUCAACUCAUUUAAGUCCCCUGUCACUACCUUCAAGAUCACAGUUGAGGUGGAGGGAGUCAAUGAACCCCCACAGAUCGUUCACAAUGGCCUAUUACGUGUGCUGGCCUACCAGACCAAAGCCAUUAGCAAAGAUAUCCUCCAGGUGUCCCACAAGGGAUAUGAGCCCUGGGAGAUUGAAUACAUUAUCACCAGACUUCCCCAAUAUGGACACCUCAUCAUUGGUGGGAAAACGGUCAAGCAGGGUGAAGCACCUGAGUUCAACCAGGCGGAUAUAAAUGCCGGACGUGUGCAGUAUGCCUCAGAGUCUCCCUCACAACUCUCGGACACAAUGGUCUUUGAUGUAGGCACAGACGUACAAAGUCUACGGCACAUAGAAUUUCUUAUAGAAAUCGUUCCUCUAACAUUACCGCAGAACAAAGCAAAUGCCACAGUCAUGGAGGGGGGCAGUAUUGUUCUAUUGAUGAAAACAUUGGCUUUGAAAGGCAGGCUGGCGCAAAACCGAGAAGUGAGGUUCACAGUGGAGAGAGCCCCGGUCCAUGGACGAGUUGUGCUCAGGUCAGGCAGUAGGGAUACACACGUCAGUAAGUUCUCAUACAGUGAUAUAUCCAGAGGAAGGGUCCAUUACGUUCAUGAUGGCAGCGAGAGCCUGUCGGAUGAGAUGGCCAUCAAAACAGAAGUGCCUGAUGCAAGUACUGUUAGCCAAGUAACGACCUUGUACCUGAAGGUCACCUCUGUAGAUGACCAACCACCACGCAUUGUGGUCAAUACUGGACUUGAUGUGUGGACUGGGUCAAUUACUCUUCUCACCAAUGAGCAUUUGCAGGCCUCCGACUCUGACUCUACUAGUAGCCAGGUUGAGUUUCGAGUGACGGCCCCCACCAAUGGUCACUUGGCCUUCCUGAACAACACCUUCAAGCAUAUCCUGAGAUUCACACAGAGGGACAUAGACAGUGGUCAGCUGGUAUUUGUUCACAAAGGUAAUGAAAAUGGGGAGUUCCAGUUUCAAGCCACAGAUGGAAGGAACAAAGAUGACUACAAAAUUUUCCGGAUUCGAGCUCGCCCUGUCCAGUUGUCUGUGAUGGUGAAUGAAACCGUGAAAGCCUUCCCCAGAACUUUAGAACUUAUCAGUAACCGGACGCUCCUGGUCAAGACGUCUGCUGAGAACUUCUCUCAGCCGAUUGUCUUCACUGUGGUUGAGCCACGCCCGAGAAAAGGCCGCUUGGUGACAGUGGUUGGUGCCCAAACUCUUGACAUCAACUCCUUUACCCAAGAAGAGGUAAAUGAGGGAAAAGUUUUCUUUCUUCCCACAAGUCACCCGAAGGACUGGAGUGAUGGAGAGGGGAUUUACUUUGAAAUAUCCACCACCUAUGCUCAGCCGCUAAAAAAGAAGAUGCUACAAAUCAGUAUUUCUUUUUCAAAUCUUCACCAAGGAAAUUACAGGCGCGUGUUGAAAGUCAUUGAGCCAGUGGUGGCUGAAGGUGAGCAGGUUACAAUAUCAGCUGACCUCUUUAACUCAUCAAAGAUGCUCGAGUCCUUGAAUGCCUACAAGGAAGACAUCAGAGUAGAAUUCUCCUUUGUUGCAUCUGUUCACAAUGGUUACUUGUGGUUCAGGGAUAUGACUGCGGAGAUGGGGGAUACCUUCACUCAAGAGGAUCUGAACAAGGGCUCCCUGGUUUACAAACAUGAUCACUCAGAUACAGUGUAUGACUGGUUCCAGUUUGGAGUGAUGAUGUUAGUGCCACGUUCUGUGUCAGAGGCCACAGCGUCCAUGUACCAAGUAUUUAACUUUACGGUGGACAUAGAGCCCUUGAAUGAUGCGCCUUUUGAACUCCUCACCAGACACCCAAAAAUUAUUGUCAAACAAGGGUCGGAAGUCACCUUGAAUAGCUUCAAUCUGAGUACAGUAGAUCUUGACACUGGCCCUGAAGGCAUUGUAUACAUCAUCUUAACUCAGCCGGACAAUGGAAUGUUUGUGAAAAAGUCUCAGCCGCUUGUACGGUUGACAGCAUUUACUCAAAAAGACAUUGAUGAUGGAGACAUUAUAUUCAAACAUGACGGUACACGCAAGGCUAGUAGCUCUAUGUACUUCAAGGUAUGGGAUACGGUGUUUGACCCUUGGUUUGCCAACAUGGACAUUUUUGUCACAGCUUUAGAAAUUGAGGUAGCUUCAGAUAGGAUGGUGCCUCUAAUUCAGGGUAGCCGCUCAGUAACUCUGUCUAGCCCGCACCUGAAGGUGACUACAAAUGGAGAUCCUGACACGCUUGUAUACAAAGUGAUUCAAGCUCCUCAGUUUGGCAAGCUCAGAAAGUCUGGUGUUCAAGUCACAGAUUUCACUCAACUGGAUUUGGAGUCUGGUGCAUUGGUGUACACUCAGAACACUGAUUCUCCGGGAGAGGACUUCUUUGUUUGCAACAUCGCCUUGCUUAACCAGGACUGUCACAAAGAUGCUGUGCAGUUUGAUAUCAUCAUGAAGCCAUUGGUGAGGCAGGGACCACUUCUGUCUUCUCCUGGAUCUCACGUGGCAAUCACACGUGCCAGCCUUGAUGCCAGCGAGUUGGCCCAGAUCACCAACGACAAUCCCCGCUUUGAAAUCUCUUCUCCGCCGGAACACGGCAAGAUCAUGAAGAAAAAUCGAAUGCGGAAAAGAUCAGUGGAUUCUCAGGAGAACUUUACCCCUGUGUCAGAGUUUACCUUUGAGGACGUUCUGUACACCAGGGUCUAUUAUGUUGCUAGUCAGGGUGGGGCGAAACAGGACAGCUUUAAGUACAAGCUAACAGCAGCAGGAGUGCCACCAGCAGAGGGGGAACUUGUCAUCCAGCUGGAGCCUCUAGAUGAUAAGGACCAAAUGGAAACUGAUAUCAGUGGGCAAGGGGAAGAGACCCCAAUUUCCCCUGAACAUGACUCUGAUGAUACCGGGGUUUCAGAACGAGGGGAUGAUGAUGAAGAGAAGGACAGUGCAGGUCAAGGCAAAGUCAGUGGCGCUUCUGUGGGCUCAGAUGACGGAAAUACUAACGUGAUUAUCAUCGCCACUGUGGUUUCUUUACUGACCAUUCUUGUUGUUGUCGUGGUCCUCGUGAUCUUGUUCCUGCGUCGGCGCAAGCAGAAGCGCUCGGGGUCCAUGGAGGAAGAGAAGCAGUACAAGCCACGCCCGUACAUCAGUGGACCAUUGCAGCUUGACCAACCUCACGUGCUGAUAGAGCCGAAACACGAUGACACGUCCUUGACCCCGAUGAGUGCGGAGGACGCAGCAUUAGUGGAACCAUUUGAGGAGAACACUUACAUGAACACAUCGCUGGUCAGCCCCCAGUACAGUGACCGACCAACCACGUCUUUAGGGUACCGGCCAGGAACUCCACCAGGCUCCCCGGACGUCACUCAGUCUGACCAGGCCUCAGAGGACAUGGAGCGACGGUCUACCAUGACCAGUGGCCGUGACUCCAAUGCCAGCACUGACCUCAUGGACUGGACGCUGAUGGACCCUGACCUAUUGCAGCAUUGUCGCACUACCACUCCUGUUCUACGCAGUAACCAGUACUGGCUCUAGUUCCUCCCUCCCUUCCUGCACCCUCUCACAAGCUCUGAGCUAAAACUACUGUUCAGUUUUUCUGUGCUCCUCUGGAGUGGUCAACUGUAGGUUCUUUAGUUUUGAAGGUUUAAGACAAGUUUUAUGGCACCUUCAGCACAGAUAGGUCAUAUUAGUGCCUAAGAUUAGAGGUGUGACUAGAGAUGAACUCUUUGUGUACCACGACUUAACUGCAUAACAUAACUUUGUUGUGAAGAAAGACAGGGAUGUAUCGGUAUCUGGAACAGAAAGGGUUAAGAUACAAAGAAAAAGAAUAGAGAUAAGGAUGAUAGAAGGAUGUCUUAUAGGAAAAAA